AAAGGUGUGGAGAGCCCUCAGUCAUGAUCAGCACUGAGUCCUGAGAUGCUGUGAAUCUGAAUCAGCUGUCAGCUUGCAGCACAUGUCUGAGUGUACAGGGACACAGCACUGCUGUAAAAUCCAUGUGUUAGAUGAUGUAUCGUCCAGUGAUGGUGGGUUGUUGUUAAACUGUGUGGGGCUGUGGUUCUGGUCUGGACCACUGCUGCUCCUAAACAGUUAAUGAUCAGUCGCUGGAUGACGAUUUGUGUUGCUGUUGGCUCCGACUGAAUCCUCCUCACACGUGAGCGCGCGGCGGAAGACGGAGCAGCCUCCCUCUCGGCCUUCAGGAGGGGCUGAAGGUGACUCUCCUCUCAGCUGGGAUGCACUGGGAGCUCCUGGGGGUCCGCCCGACCCACUACACGGUCCUGCUCCAGGAUUGACGAGACAGUCCUGCUUUUAUGAAGUCGUUGUAACGCCACGGCUUCCAAACGGAUUAUUUUGUGUUUUUCACUAAAGGACAUCAUCUUUCCCUCUAUCUACGUCUGGCUUCUGAUCCGGUGUUGAGUUUGCAUGCAUGUGUUCUGCACCGUACGGGCGGAAGAAGCGCCCCAGAUCUGCAGGGAUCAUCUUCCCUGUCAGUAAAGUGGCGCAGACGGAGCCGGAGCGCAGGGAGAGCGCGGAGGGCGUCGUGGACGGUAGCAGGAUGACUGUGCAGGAAUUCAACAACCUUGUAGCCCUGUACAGGGAGCAGGUCAUAUCGGUGGGAGAGAUCUCAGUAGACUGCCCUUCUCUGCGGGCUCAGAUGCACCACACACGGACCAAAGGAUGCUCCAUGGCCCGGGCUGCACACCAGGACCUGGCCGUCAUCGCUGUUUCAGGUCCAGAGGACGGAGAGAUCCACCCUGAGAUCUGUCGGCUCUUCAUCCAGCUGCAGUGCUGCCUGGAGAUGUUCGUAACAGAGAUGCUGAAGUCCAUGUGCCUGCUGGGGGUGCUGCAGCUGCACAGAAAAAGAACGGACUCGGAGCCAAAGUUGGACUUUAGGAUUGAUGAAAGCUCUGACGUCCCCAUCCUAGAAGAGCGGUCCUCCUCGCCCAUCGACUUCCUGCAGGAGCAGUGGCUGGUUGGAACUGAUAUUGAUAAUAUAGAGAGCUGGUUGGUUCUUCUGCUUCACCUCCUCAGCUGCAUUUCUGCUGGGCUGGCCUGUUUCUGUGACCGGUACCCCUGGGGAUCUUGGUCUUCCUGCACCAGGACCUGCAACUAUGGAGUUCAGCACAGACAACGGACGUUUCAGCGUGAUGAAUAUUACUGGAGAAGCAGCUGCAGUCAGCUGUGUGAAAAAUAUGACAGGAGAGCUUGCAAUGAGCAGGCCUGUCCGAUAAACUGCCGCCUCACAGAGUUUGGAGCUUGGUCUGACUGCUCGCCCUGCGCCAAGAAACAGUUUCGGACACGGUCCGUUGUGAGGCCGUCCCAGUUUGGUGGAUCGGCCUGCAGCGAGGAUCUGUCAGAGGAGAGGCCUUGUUUCCCCUCCAAAGAGUGCAAGCUAGCACCCAUAGACUGCAGAGAUGACUUCAAGUGUGAUAAUGGUCGCUGCAUCAACUCCACACUGACAUGCAACAGACAGAACGACUGUGUAGAUAACUCUGAUGAGAGAGAUUGUGUCGACUACAAAAUCGUGUGUCCUGUAGAGAAGAGAGUGGCCCCUGGGGCGGACCUCGUGGGGAACGGGUUUGAUGCGAUUGGCGAGGAGUCGAGAGGAGCAGUGCUGGACAACAUGUUUAUGGGGGGGUCUUGCAACAUCAGGAGGCCUCCCAGCACGCUGCUCUACCACCGAGUCCCUUACAACUUUGAGAGCCUGAACAUCAAGGCUGCAGUUAUAGAGGACUUCAGCAUCGAGCCCAAGGCCGUCACCUCUGAGCCGAUCGAUUUCAAGACCUCAUCUUCAUCAGCACACUCCUCUGAUAAUGAUCAAGGCCUGCUAUUCGUCAUCUUUUACAUUAGCACGGGGUCUUCGUCACGCUCUAGCUCCAAGAGAGAUGUUUUUGAAGCUUCAAAGAAAAAGGACUCCAGAUUUAUCAGAGUGAGCCAGGUCCUGCCCAUAUCCACGUUUAAACUGAAGGACCCAGAGGACCUCGUCCUGUCACAGCCUUUCCUCCAGUUCCUCCACGCUCUCCCUCUAGAGUACAACUAUGCCCUCUACAGGGAGAUCUUCCAGCGCUUUGGGACACACUACUACAGCUCCGGGGUCCUAGGAGGCCACUAUGACCUGUGGUACCAGUACAGUCGAGAGGAGCUCAAGAGUUCAGGUGAAACAGAAGAGCAUGUCACUGGCUGCCUGAGCCGAGAGGUGGGUUGGACAAUCAUCCUCUACUCUCAGUACAGCAGCUCAAACCGAUGCAGGGACAACAGGAUGACCCAGAAAUAUGAAGGCUCGUACGUUAAGUCAGCAGAGAAGUCUUUCUCCAUGGUGAAAGGAGGAAGAACCAGAGAGGCAGCAGCUCUGGCCUGGGAGAGGCAGGGACCGGCUCCGGACAAAACAUCCUACAAGAACUGGGCCAAAUCUGUGCUUGAGAACCCGGCUGUGGUUGAAUACAAGCUGCUUCCCAUCGUAGACCUGGUUCGGGGGAUCCCAUGUGCGGUGACAAAGAGGAGGCACCUGAGGAAGGCUCUGCUGCAGUACCUGGAGGAGUUUGACGCUUGCAAGUGUGCUCCCUGUCCGAACAACGCCAGGCCAGUUCUCGCCGGCACAGAGUGUAACUGUAUUUGUCAAACCGGCACGUUUGGAGAAAACUGUGAGACAAGAGCUCCGGACUUUAAUUCAGAGGGAGUGGACGGCUACUGGAGCUGCUGGGGUGCAUGGAGUAGCUGUGGAGGUAUAAUGAGGAGACACCGAACGAGGAGGUGUGACAACCCCGCCCCCCUGAGAGGAGGAAAACCCUGCCCAGGUCCAGACAGACAGGAGGAGCCGUGUCACAUCUCUAUCUUUGAAAAACAGGAGACCUGUGAUAACGAUGAUGACUUCACCGUGGGCUGGAGGGACGAGCUGCCUCCGGGUGAGCAGGGCUGUCUGAGACCACAGAGGCCGGCCAACAGCUUCCUCAGGAAAGCAAAGCAGUACUAUGCAUUUGGUGAGGACGAGGAGUUCCAGUGCUUCACUGGGUUUCAGUUGGACGGUUUUCAGUACAUCAACUGUCUCCCUGAUGGGACGUGGAGUCAACCAAAAGGAACCUGCAUCAGGAGACUGUGCCUUCCUCCUGAGAUCCCUGAUGGCAUGACGCUGUUCCCCACCAAAGACGAGUACAGAGUGGGGGAAUCAGUGGGUCUGAACUGUAAUGACCCGAGCCUGCUACCUGUACCAUCAGGCUUCUACAAGUGCAGCAGCACUCUCACUUGGGUUCCCUCUCUACCCGCAGACCUCCGCUGCACUGAUGAGGAGCCGUUUGUCCCUGAUGGUCAGUGUGGUCCAGGAGAGAAACGACAAAACUCUCAAUGUGUCUGCAUCCAACGGGAGAGCUGCCUUGCACAUCCAGAGAAUCUCUGUGUAUUUAACCUGGACGUGGACGUCAUCGUGCCAAUGUCCCUCUGCUCCUUCCACGCUGGUGGAUGCCACGGAGAUCCCCUGUUCUUCGUCAGUGACGGCUCGUGUGACGAAGUGGACCCAGCUAAACUGGAGUGGGCUAAGUUCAGAGCCAAAAUGGCCGCCAAGAGCUCUGUUAAGGAGCCCUGCGAUAUAGACACCUGUUAUGAGUGGGAGACCUGCUCAGCAUCCAAGAAGUGUGAGUGUAAGGCAGCGCGUGACUGCCUCAGGAGUGAGGAGCACAUGUUCUGUGUGAAGCUGACCCGGACCCAGAGGACACGCAGCAUGGACCUCUGCUCGAUGGCUGCCUUAAAAUGCACAAGUUAUCAGUUUGAGAUUGAAAAUGAAGGCCCGUGUGUGUCUGGAUGAUCCUACUAAAGCUCCUCAAUGCCGUCACACUCAACAUCUUAUUUAUUCUGCAAAACCUGAAAGUAAUCACUCUUUUUAAAUGCAGAUGAUUGACACUUCUCACUUCUUUACUAUGAAAUUACAGCUUUUAAGCACUCCUAUCUGUACCAAUUUCCACAAGCAGACCAUUACUGACAUAAAGGAAGAUUUGACAUAAAAUAAAAGCUGUCCAUUUCAAUACAAGAGAGAUGAGCAAAGAGUUUGAAAUAAUUGUGAGCCAUGAUGCAAUAUACACCGCCAGCCAGCAGAUGGCAGCAAAGAUCUAUAUUCCUUUAAUUGAGACGUGACGAGCGAGGCAUGCAGUAAAUCCAAGCUGCAACCUCCAGUUUUUAAAAAUGAAGCCAAUGCAAGAGUGCUAAAAAAUGCAGUUCCUUCAGUGUCCACUUUCAUUCAUAUUCAAUUUCUGUCAUUUUGAUAAUGUAUGGAUUACUCACACACAUUAAAUAUUGAAAAAAUAUGUCACAGUG